AUGGCGCAGAAACCUCUGAGCACCGCGGCGGCUGAGCGCAUGAACCUGGUGGCCCAGGACGAGAUCUGGAGAUACCGCCUGAAGGCUGAAUCCGAGGCGCGGCAGAACUGGGCCCAGAACUGGGGGUUUUUAACGACCCCGCUGGAGGAGUUGCUCCAGGGCGAGGCAGAAGCCCCCUCUCCGAAGCCCAAGGUCGAGCUUCCCGAGCGCUUCCGCAUCCGCCCAGGGACGCCCGUGGAGAAAUACAUCAAGGUCCUCCCAUCUCCCCCAGUCCCGCAGACCACCCAAGGCUUCAUCGGCUGGAGGUCUGGGGUUCCGGGCCUCAACAAGUGCCUGGAGCUCGACUGUGAGAUCAGAAGCUGCAAAGGGGCCUACGCCCGAGAGCUGGGUUGGCCCAAGCAGGGCAUCCACUGA